AUGAGAGCCAAGGCAUUAUGUGGGCAACAUUGUUGCAAACAGCUUUGCAGGAAGAAGAAGGUAAUGCCGUGUUGGAUUGUUCAUGCAAGCAAAGCCCUCUGUCGUGGGUGUGGCUUGGCCAAGAGGACUUUAUUACAUACAUUUAGCAGUGUUUCUCUGGGAAAUGCAAAUUUAGGAGACUUGGAUAUCAAGAGUUUUGAGUCCUAG